GGUCAAGAACGUUAUCGAACAAUAACAACUGCUUAUUAUCGUGGUGCGAUGGGUUUUAUUUUAAUGUAUGAUAUAACAAAUGAAGAAUCAUUUAAUGCUGUACAAGACUGGUGUACACAAAUAAAAAUGUAUUCAUGGGAUAAUGCACAAGUUGUUUUAGUUGGAAAUAAAUGCGAUUUAGACCAGGAUAGAGCUGUAACACAAGAACGAGGCCAACGUCUUGCAGAUCAAUUGGGUUUGGAAUUUUUUGAAACUUCAGCAAAAGAAAAUAUUAAUGUUAAAGCUGUUUUUGAAAGAUUGGUCGAUAUAAUAUUAGAAAAAAUGUCUGAUGCACCUGAAGAUCCAAGUGGUAAUAACACUGGACAAGCAAAUGCUGGUUAUGGUAGUCAACCAGGUGGAUAUAAUAAAGGAGGAACGACAAGACUUACAGUUAAUGAUCAACAAGCUAAAGGCAAUCAAUGUCAAUGUUAA